UGUAACUUUUCAUCAGAGGAGCACAAAGAUGGAGCUACAGGUGGAGAACCAGAGUCAGUCUGUCAACUCCAGCACUGCGAGGCUGCCCGCUCAGCACAUCCUGGGGAUGGGUGUGGAUAACUUUAUCUCUCUGCUGGUCUUCGGACUCAUUUUCAUCCUCGGGGUGAUCGGGAACACCUUGGUGAUCACGGUGCUGGCGCGCAGUAAACCGGGACAACCGAGGAGCACCACCAACAUCUUCAUCCUCAACCUGAGCGUGGCCGACCUGUCCUACCUGCUCUUCUGCGUCCCCUUCCAGUCCACCAUCUACAUGCUGCCCACAUGGGUGCUGGGAGCCUUCAUCUGCAAGUUCAUCCACUAUUUCUUCACCGUGUCCAUGCUGGUCAGCAUCUUCACUCUGUCGGCGAUGUCCGUGGACAGAUACGUGGCCAUCGUCCACGCCAGGAAGUCCUCCUCGAUCCGGGUGGGGAGGCAUGCCCUGCUCGGGGUGGUGCUGAUCUGGGUCCUGUCCCUGGUGAUGGCGGCUCCCGUGGCGCACUACCAGAGCAUCGUGGAGCGGGAGGACAACAACACCUUCUGCUGGGAGGUCUGGCCGGACCACCAGAGGAAAGUCUACGUGAUGUGCACCUUUGUUUUCGGAUACCUGCUGCCGCUCACCCUCAUAUCUGUCUGCUACGCCAAGGUUUUAAACCAUCUGCACAAAAAGCUGAAGAAUGUCUCCAAAAAAUCAGAGCUCUCCAAGAAGAAGACGGCGCAGACAGUCCUGGUGGUGGUGGUGGUCUUCUGUCUGUCCUGGUUGCCCCACCACAUCGUCCACCUGUGGGUGGAGUUCGGCUCUUUCCCCCUGAACCAGGCCUCCUUCGUCUUCAGGAUGGUGGCUCACUGCUUGGCCUACAGCAACUCCUCCGUCAACCCCGUCAUCUACGCGUUCCUGUCCGAGAACUUCAGGACUUCCUACAAGCAGGUGUUCUGGUGCCGGGUGCCCAGCAGGUGUCCCGUGAACGACACCAGAGACCUCCGCAGCCGAGUGGAGGCGGCGCCGUCCACCAACAUCAGCGUCACCUACAAAGCUCACGACUCUCAGAUCAGUAAGAUGCUUUGAUGUCGCCGCUGAUGGAUCGUCUGUGUUCUGCGUAGAGCCGGACUGAAACCGGAUCUCUGGGAUCGAUGCAUAAACUGAUAUCCGAGACUUGAAUAUAUCAGCAGAUAAAUGUUUUUUAACAUACUGUACAACUGUGCUGCUUCAUCGUAUCGCCGGUGCGGAGCUCUGUCACGCUCAGUAACAUUAACUUGUACUCAGUGUCAACAUUCUUUAGAUAUUUUAUCAACAUACAAAACACUCAGCAGAUAAUGAACAAGUUUUUAUGCUGUGGCCAGAGGCAUUACAUUUUUGGGUUUUUAGUCCGUCCGUGCCAUUCUUGUUAACAGGAUACUUUAACAUACAUAUCUGAGGAUGAACUGAUCAGAUUUUAGUGCAAAUUCAAGGUUCUUGUGACCUCGAAGGUUAUUGUGAUAUCUCUCAAAUCUGGUACGAAUGUCCGCUAUGACUCAAGGAAGAACUGAUUACAGUUCGGUGACCAAAGGUCAGAGGUCAAGGCUGCACAAAACACAUUUUGUAACUCUGGAAUUCAUACGAUACUUGCGAAAAAACUUGGCCUACAAAUGUCUAAUAAGAAAUAAUUAUGACAUCAUGACCUUUGAUAACCAAAAGGUUCGAGGUGGCAUCAUAAUAAGCUCUGGAACGGAAACUCGACUUGUGCACAGAGGCACAAAACCACAAUGUGCUACUUCUAGUUAUUUACAUUUUAAACCAACAUGAUUCCUUUUUAAAAUACCUGCACAUGUGGACUGUAUGGUGAAGGUGUGUUCUAGAGAGAGAGAUCCUGGUUAUGGAAAACAAACUGUGUCCUCAACUACUUGGUGUUGUUUAGGAAUAGACGAUUGUUACGUGUAAUAAAAAGUCUG